GUCUUCUCCAAGCUCUCUUCACCCAAACAAUAAUAACUAAAAAUAAAACCAAUCACACAGCACACCUCCUUUUGAGUCGUUCCAAAGAUCAAACCAUCCUCUCAGAACACCCCGAUCCCCAUAAACCCUUCUCUUCCCUCCUCCCAUCCUCUCUCUCUCCUCAAAAUUCUCUCUCUAGAAACCUUGUCUUAUGGUUUUGAUAGCAUUUCUGGAUAUGGCAGUUUCAAGUGCGUUUGCAGGGGCCAAGCUCGAGACUCUCCUCCUCGGCAACACUUCCUCAACGAGGUCAUCGCCGUCUCAAAAUGGGGUGUUCUGCAAACCCACUCGGACCAGAAGAACCCUAAUUCAAAGAGGGUGGGCUUCUUUCAACCCCACUGUCAGGUCUGAGGUUGCUUCUGAUGUAUCGCUUCAGACCUCUGACAAGAUCGACACCAACACGGCUUCUUCUUCCAGCCUCUUUGCUCUCGAACAACUCAAAACCUCCGCUGCUGAUCAGUAGUUCAUCAACUUAAUUGGCGAGGGUCGUUUCCGGGGACUGAAGAUGGUUGGAGAAGACGACGUGGUAAAGACGUGCCUUGACGGUGGUGGUGACCAAUCCCCCUUAUGAUAGUUGAGGGGGAUUGUUUGCUAAAAUAAUUCUUAAAGGGAGUGUUUUUUGCUAACGGGUGAAAAUUAAGGGGGCUUUUUGCAAUUCGCUCUUAAAUAUAUGAUGCAAUAGUACAAAGUUUGCUCUAAACAGUCUACAAAUUGGAAUUUUUUUUUUUUUUUUAAUGAUAAAUUAGGGAAAGUGGCCCCAUGGACACAUUUGUUUGGAGAAUUGAUCGUUGUACCAAAUUGACCAUUAUUGUGUAUGGUAUUCCCUAUAAUUUCUUUAGACACUAUAAAUGAUAGUAACUGCUAUCAGUUACCUUGUACUAAUAUUGUGGUUAUUGGGCUCUAAACUUAUAUGUAGACAAAAGGGGGAUUUUUAUUUUAUUUUUUAAUAUAUCUCAAAUUUAU